GUGGAUUCAAAUACAUUAUUUACGAUUCACCCAGGGUCGUGCUACGUGUUGUGACCUUGAAAAUGAGGUACGCUAUCCUGGCGUCAGCAAGUUUAAUUGUUUCGUCAAUCGUUGUGACGAAUACUUAUUACCGUAAAAAGCAGUUUUACCCUACAGUUGUAUACUUAACUAAUAAUCAGCCAUCUCUUUCUAUCCUUCUUUUCCAGUGUGUUGUUUUACUCUUCUUGCUCGUAAAAGCACUCACAUAUGCUUUCUUCGGUCGGCUUCAAAGGGCAGAAGUGGAUAAUCUUGUUUCACAGUCGUGGUAUGCAUUUUUCGAUAUGUGCUUGGUUUUUGCAUUCUUCCAAAACGAACUGGGAGUCGAAUUUCUGUUCCUGUUCGCCAUACUUUUAUUUGUCAGAGCUUUCCACUGGUUAAUUGAAGAAAGGGUCGAUUACAUGGAGAGAUCACCUGUCAUUAGUGCUCUGUUUCACCUCAGAAUUAUGACGCUCAUCACUCUUCUAACACUUGUGGACGUAUAUUUUAUCAAAACAACUUACUGGAAGCCUGCUACACAUGGAAUAUCCGUUCAUCUGGCUUUGGGGAUAGAGUACUUCAUUUUAGUAUUGAGUCUUUUAUCGACAACUAUACGUUAUGUUUUACAUUCAAUUGACUCAAUGCGAGAGCACUCAUGGAGUAAAAAAGCCACAUAUCUCUUAUACGUAGACGUUCUCAUUGGAUUUAUUCGUUUGGCUGUUUACGUUGAGUUUACGUUCAUUAUGUGGUCACUGCAUCCAUUUCCUUUGUUUAUCGCACGACCUAUCUAUCUUAGCAUCAGAUCACUAAAAAAAGCAAUUCGAGAUGUACUGAUGUCACGUCGUGCGAUUCGAUAUAUGAAUACAGUUUUCCGUGAUGCUACUCCAGAUGAUCUGGCCUCUUCCUCAGAUACUGUUUGUAUAAUCUGUCGUGAAGAAAUGAAUGUCCCAACAGACAGUCCCCCAUCGGCUGCGAUUUCAGCUCUUAAGAAGUUACCUUGUUCUCACAUUUUCCAUGUUACUUGCUUGAGAUCAUGGUUCCAGCGUCAGCAAACUUGUCCAACCUGUCGAAUGGAUGUUAUUCGAGAAGCUAGAUUGCAAGAAGUACAACGACAGCAACCUCUUCGUCCAGGAGCCACUAAUGCACAACCAGAUAGCUCAACAACUUCUGGUUCAUCUAGUUCAACUGCUGCACAGUCGGUUGCAGCUAAUAAUCAAAAUUUUUACAUGCCAUGGAUGCCUCCUGCAAAUGCAUUCCCAUUCUACCCACCAUUUGUGCCGCCUACGAGUAAUUCAACUACACAAUCUCAAACAGCCAUUCCACCGAUGCCUCCUUUAUACAUGCCACCUUUUAUGGGAAUGCCUAUAAUAUACCCUGGUAACUUGUUCUCUAAUGGAAGCACUCCUAUGCCAGAACCGCCCUCUGGACUACCUGAAUCAGCCGAUGAAGCUCGCCUUCGUGCCAGCGCCGAGGCUCGUUUCACUGCUUUACGUCAAAUAAAUGUACUGUUGAAUGCUGCUGUCCUACAAAUGAAUGCUUACCUGAAUGCGGCUAGUGCUCCCCCAAGUGAAUUAGAACCUAUGACUUCUGUUAAUUCUGUCGUUAACACUGACAAUAUAGAAUCAAAAAAUGAAGGAAAGGAAAUCUCAAAUAAUGAUGCGAAUUCUCAAUUACAAUCUGAUGAUAAAAAUCUUACAUCUGGUAAGUAAAUGUUUUGUUCCGAUUUUGACUUUUUAAAGUAGCAGCUUUGGCAUCUUAGGUUUGAAACUGUGGAAGAAUAUAUGUAUCAUUACUUCCCAUCUCUUGGAUACCUUCAUGAGGAUCAAAUAAGUGGUGAAAUCAGGAGUACUUACUUUUUACUUAUUGUUUUACAAAUGGAGACUAAUAGUUGGUAAAAACACAAAGGUGUAAAUCACUAGGACUGGCUAGUCUUAAACUGAUCACCUAAGCAUGGAUAACCGAAGAAUAUUCACCUCAAGUCCUGGAAGUAGUAAUAAAAUUUGUUAACGAUUCUCAAGUGAAGUGAAAAGCAAUUUCAGUUGGGUUAUAUUCUGAUGGUCAUUGGUAGUUGCCUGUUAGAUGUAUUCACUGGGUAAUCCUAACUAGACAGGCUUUGCGAUUGAGUAAUCUGUGGUGGUGUUUCGUCGUUUAAGUUCAACAGCAACCAAUCAAGAUCGAGGUUAACAGAACAAGCUACGGGCAAACGUGGAAAAAUUCGAAUGCUUCACUUCUAUCUGAAGUUUGUGCUAAUGAUGUUAUUCAGACGAACAAUGAAAGCUCCACAAUCUAAAACAUCCAGCUCAGAGAACGAAACACCACCACAGUUAUCCACCUGAGCUACAAAUUUUCUCCACCAUCUCAGUUGAGUAACCUCUUCCUCAUAACAUCGAAAGAACAUAGGUACGAAGUAAUUUAGCGCUUAAACAAAACUGAACGAUAAUUUUUUCGAUGUCAAAAAAUUCUGAACUAACGGAACUUCGUAAACGUAGACUGGAACAUCUUGAAUCCUCAUCUGGGGACCGCGCUUCACAGUCUAACUCUAGACCUGAUGCUGAAUCCAUUUGAUCUUACGAUCAUUAUGUACCUAACAAUAAUAUUGCUCAGUUUAUUCUGAGUUGAGUUUCUGUAACUUGAAUUUUCUGUGACUACAUAUUCUUUUAGAAUUCUUAAAUAAAACAAAUGGCUUUCAAUGUAUUUCA